UUAAUGGUUUUUUUUGGAAGAGAAAUUAAAUUAACAUUUUCAAUAAACUGUCCCCCCCACCGUUUUUUUCUUGUUUCCAUCAUCGUUCCUCGUCAUCGUUUCAGUCAAUUUUCAAUCGUUUCUGGAAUUUCUUGCUAGGAACCCUAAGGCCGUGCAGGCUCAGCCACGAACGAGCAUACAUACUGGGAUAGAGAGAUACGUGGAUGAAGCGAAAUGGGGGCAACGGGGUCAAAACUCGAGAAAGCGCUAGGCGACCAGUUUCCUGAAGGCGAGAGAUACUUCGGUCUCGAGAAUUUCGGAAAUACAUGCUAUUGCAAUAGCGUCCUACAGACUCUUUAUUUUUGUGUCCCAUUCCGGGAGCAGCUACUAGAAUACUAUUCAAAUAAUAAAACACCCUCUGAUGCUGAUGAAAAUCUGUUAACAUGCUUGGCCGACCUAUUUAUGCAGAUUAGCUCACAAAAGAAAAAAACAGGUGUGAUUGCUCCAAAGCGCUUUGUACAUAGGCUGAAGAAGCAGAAUGAGAUUUUUCGUAGUUAUAUGCAUCAGGAUGCCCAUGAAUUCCUUAACUAUUUGCUGAAUGAACUUGUCGACAUACUGGAGAGAGAGUCAAAUGCUGGCAAAACGGAUAGAGAAAAUUCCUCUUCUGAAAACAUUGUUCAUGCCAAUGGUGCGCAAAAGGAACCUCUUGUCACCUGGGUUCACAAAAAUUUCCAGGGUAUAUUGACAAAUGAAACAAGGUGCUUAUGCUGUGAGACUGUAACCGCAAGAGAUGAAACGUUUUUUGAUUUGAGCCUUGAUAUUGAACAAAACAGUUCAAUAACAAGCUGCCUGAAAAACUUUAGUUCUACUGAGACUUUGAAUGCUGAAGAUAAAUUUUUCUGUGACAAGUGUUGCAGUUUGCAGGAAGCGCAAAAGAGAAUGAAGAUUAAAAAGCCACCACACAUCCUAGUAAUCCAUUUGAAACGAUUCAAGUACAUAGAACAGCUGGGGAGGUAUAAGAAGUUAUCGUAUCGUGUAGUGUUUCCCCUAGAGCUGAAGUUGAGCAAUACUACAGUAGAGGAUGCAGACGCUGAGUAUUCAUUGUUUGGGGUGGUAGUCCAUGUAGGGAGUGGGCCCAACCACGGACACUAUGUCAGCCUGGUCAAAAGUCACAACCAUUGGUUGUACUUUGACGACGAGAAUGUGGAGAUGAUUGAUGAAUCUGCUGUGCAAACAUUCUUUGGAUCAGCACAAGAGUAUUCUAGCAACACUGAUCAUGGCUACAUCUUGUUUUACGAAAGAGUUGUUGCUGCUAUUUCUCAGUCUACUGAUUAGUGAGUAACAAUCACACCGAUUUUUUUAGGGGCAUUGUUUUGCGAUCUAUUUUUGUGUGUUUUUUUGUGCGCCUUUUGCCUUCGCAAUUUUUUUUUCUCUAUCUGCUUCUGAAGUUGAGAUGGAAUUCGCAAAAUAUAACCAUUUUGAGUUUCGUUCCUCCUUGUACAGACAGAGAGGUGGAGGAAGCUUGUGUCCUCUAUUUUUCCCUGAAAACAAUAAAAACAGAAAAGGAGAGUAGUAGUGUGUGGGAUGAUGUAGUUCAUUAGACUGACUAGGCAGCUAGACUUUUAUUAAGAUUGAGAUAAGAUGUGUUUUUCCCUCCACAAUAUAUCUCAGGGAAAAUAUACUCUGAGUAGUGUGAGGACAUUGCACUCAAAUUCUAACAGAAAUCAGACACUUAUUUGUUUACAUUUUUUACAUUCCAGACAAUUUUGUAUGAUAUCCCUUGUAUUUUUAUAUGCCAAGAAUGGUUGCAAGUUUUAAAUUCUUGGUUGAUGACUUGAUGCCCUUUGAACUCUAAUAUCUUUU